AUGUCUCUCAGAUCAAGACCACUGCAGUUCCAGCAUUUUUACGUCUCUUUCCCGCAUGAAAAAAUCGUUCAGGUCACUUUGAACAGACCUGAGAAACUUAACAGUAUCAACAAAGCCACGAGCGGCGAAAUCCAACAAAUAUGGGAGCUUUUCGACCAAGAUGAAAGUCUAUGGGUCGGCAUCAUCACAGGCGUGGGGAGAGCUUUCUGUACUGGAGCAGACCUGCAAGAAUACAAACCUUCGACAGAAUGGAACGAGAUGAACAAAAUUGGUAUGAUCAACGACAUGUCUGCUCCCGGUCUCGCAGGACUGCCCCGUCGAGCUGGUAAAAAGCCGAUCAUUGCGGCGGUGAAUGGUAUAUGCAUGGGGGGCGGCUUCGAGAUGGUGGCCAACUGCGAUCUCGUCAUAGCUUGCUCCUCGGCGAUUUUCUCCCUACCGGAGGUGAAGCGAGGGAUCGUCCCUGUGGCGGGCUGUCUACCACGGCUGACACGUACCCUCGGGCUGCAACGUACUACCGAUCUCGUUCUUACCGGCAGAAACGUGAGGGCCAAGGAGCUUCAUGACUGGGGCCUUGUUAGUCGACUGGUGGAAUCUGCUGCUGAGGUUGUUCCCCUGUCAAUUCAAGUCGCACAGGACAUGUGCAGGAACAGUCCGGAUGCAUUGAUUGUUGGUCGGCUAGGUAUUCGGCAGAGCUGGGAAACGGGUAGCGUGGAGGAAGCCGUGUCGACUCUUGCUGAUCGAUGGUAUCCUCGCCUGAUGGCCGGACCUAACUUCUCAGAAGGGAUUCAGGCAUUUGUGGAGAAACGGUCACCAGACUGGAUAGAUUCGAAGUUAUAG